UCCUCCUCCUCCUCCUCCUCCUCCUUCAUUUUCUCAAUCCAAUUCUCACUUUGAAUUAGAGUCUAAUUCAGUAAAGCAGCAAUGGCCUCUUCUUCUUCUUCUUUGAUAAUACUUCUUCUGAAUGCUCUUCUACUUGUUUCUUUCUUUCAGUCCUCAAUGGGAACAGGGAGAAAGUUGAAUGAAUUAGUACAAGAACAGCCUAGUGUACCAUUAAAAUACCACAAAGGAGCUCUUCUUUCUGGGAAGAUUUCUGUUAAUUUGAUCUGGUAUGGUAAUUUCAAACCUGCCCAGAGAGCUAUCAUCUCUGAUUUCUUCAAUUCGAUUCAUUCAACUUCAACCCAAUCAAAAAAUGAACCAUCUGUUUCUACAUGGUGGAAGAAAACAGAGAAAUACUACCAUCUACCAACUUCUACAAGGAAACCCACUUCAUUGGUUUUGAAAUUAGGGAGACAAAUCUUUGAUGAGAAAUACUCAUUGGGUAAAUCUCUGAGUAACAAGAAAAUCGUUAGAUUGGCAUCCAGAGGUGAACAGAGUAACGCCAUUAAUGUCGUAUUGACUUCUGCUGAUGUUGCUGUUGAUGGGUUCUGUUCAAGUAGAUGCGGUACUCAUGGUUCUUCAAUUUCUGCUUCGAAGAAAUCCAAAUUUGCAUACAUUUGGGUUGGUAACUCUGAGAUUCAAUGUCCUGGGCAAUGCGCUUGGCCUUUCCACCAACCGAUUUAUGGACCUCAGGGUGCACCAUUAGUUGCACCGAACAAUGAUGUUGGUGUAGAUGGAAUGGUGAUCAAUUUGGCCAGUUUAUUAGCCGGAACAGCUACAAAUCCAUUCGGAAAUGGGUAUUUUCAAGGACCGGCUGAAGCCCCAUUGGAAGUUUCAUCUGCCUGUACUGGAAUUUAUGGAACCGGAGCUUACCCUGGUUAUCCUGGAAAUUUGUUGGUUGAUUCGACUAGUGGUGGGAGUUAUAAUGCAAAUGGUGCAAAUGGAAGGAAAUUCUUGUUGCCGGCAUUGUUUGAUCCUGCUACAUCUACUUGCUCUACUUUAGUCUAGUAUAAAAAUGAGAUAUGUACAAAAAUUUAGAGUUAAGAGACAUACAUGUAUUAUAGGGGGGUUUUUGUUGGGGGUAAGUUAAGAUUGUGAUGUCAUGAUAAUGCAACAAUUUAUUCAUUCUUUUUGAAUCAAUGAAAAAAGAGCAAAACACUUCUUUUGCUUUUGAAUAUCAAAUUUUG